CGCUCUCUCUCUCUCUCUCUCUCUCUGUAAACCGUUCUGGGAAAUUGACGAAAGAAGAAAGAAAGCUUUCACAUUCUCAAUCCUCUAACAACUGAAGAAGAACGUACACGUUGAAGAAGGUGAAGUAGAGCGUUCUGAGUAUCGAUUGAUUUAACUUUCCUGGAAACUGGAUCUGGAUUUCUUCGUUUCUGAGAAGCAAAAACAGUAAGUGAUGAAUCUUUAUCCGAACCUGAAAAGAGGGGUACUACUCUCUGUGCUCUUCUUCGUCGUUUUGCUGUCCAACGCCUCCACUUCCACUUCGUCUUCUUCAUCUGUAAGUUUGGAAGCGAUCACAAUAAAGCCAAGACAUUUAUCUUUGCUAAAGAGUGCUUUACAACGGCCAAGUGGGGAGCAGUCUGAUCUAUGGAAGCCAAUGACUGAUCAAGGAUGGAGUCCAUGCAUCGAUCUAGAAGAUUCACCUUCAGCAUUACCGGAUAAGACCAAAGGCUAUAUCCAAGUGUUUCUCGACGGAGGACUUAACCAACAACGAAUGGGUAUAUGCGACGCGGUUGCAGUUGCUAAGAUCCUAAACGCAACGCUCGUGAUCCCGUUUCUCGAAAUCAAUCCCGUUUGGCAAGACUCAAGCUCUUUUGUUGACAUCUUCGACGUGGAUCACUUUAUCGAUGCGUUAAAAGAUGACGUAAGAGUAGUUAAAGAGCUUCCUGGGGAGUACUCUUGGAGCACGAGAGAGUACUACGCCGCGGCGGUCCGUGAAACACGUGUUAAAACCGCUCCUGUUCAUGCUUCUGCUCAAUGGUAUAUUGAGAAUGUUUCACCGCUUCUUCACAGCUAUGGGAUUGCUGCGAUAUCUCCGUUCUCUCACCGUCUGUCGUUUGAUCACUUACCUGGUGAGAUUCAACGGCUGAGAUGCAAAGUGAACUUCCAAGCGUUGCGGUUUGUUCCUCACAUUACAUCGCUUGGUGAUGCUCUAGUGAGCCGUCUUAGAAACCCGUUAUGGAGAAGCGACAAGGAAAGAAAGAGUGUGGAUCAUUUGGGAGACAUGACGAAUCCGAACAGUAGACAUGAACCAGGGAAGUUCGCUGUUCUUCAUCUUCGCUUUGACAAGGACAUGGCUGCACAUUCGGCGUGUGACUUUGGUGGAGGCAAAGCAGAGAAACUUGCAUUGGCGAAGUACCGACAAAUGAUUUGGCAAGGAAGAGUGUUGAACUCUCAGUUCACAGACGAAGAGCUAAGAAGUCAAGGACGUUGUCCUCUAACACCAGAAGAGAUGGGACUUCUCUUAGCCGCUUUCGGUUUCGACAACAACACUCGUCUCUAUCUCGCUUCCCACAAGGUAUAUGGAGGAGAAGCUAGGAUCUCAGCACUAAGACAAGUCUUCCCAAGGAUGGAAGACAAGAGAAGCCUAGCUUCUUCUGAAGAACGAGCUCGUAUCAAAGGCAAAGCUUCUUUACUAGCUGCACUUGAUUACUACGUGAGCAUGCACAGCGACGUGUUCAUCUCUGCGUCGCCUGGAAACAUGCACAACGCUCUCGUUGGUCAUAGGACGUUCGAGAAUCUCAAGACGAUUAGACCGAACAUGGCGUUGAUAGGACAGCUUUUCUUGAACAAGAGCAUCACUUGGGUGGAUUUUCAACAGGCGCUUGGUGAAGGACAUGUGAAUAGACAAGGACAGAUCCGGUUAAGGAAACCGAAACAGUCUAUUUAUACUUAUCCGGCUCCUGAUUGUAUGUGCCAUGUUUGAAGAUGAGGAUAUAAUAAAAUAGUUUUACAUUUUGCUUAGAAAUUAAGUUGUAUAACCUUUUUAUCUAUUAUAUGGAAACUUUUUUCUAAUUAA